AUUUUAACAUUAAUUAGAGCUUAAUUGUGUAUUAUUCAUCAUAAUCGUGACAUUGGACUGGUUUGUGCUAAUUGCCUAAUUUUAGAAUCCAAUGCAAGAAUAAGGAUUUGCAAGCAUAUUUACAGAGUUGGGGUCAAUCUUUAAAUUUGAAAAGUUCUAUCUUAAUAAUCUAAUUUGAAGAGUGCUUAUUUGGCUGGACGGCUCAAUAAAAAAAAAUCUGAGGAUCCGACCCAGGCCUUUCUUACUUCGUGGUUUAGCGGGGUCCACCACUUCGGCGAGGAAAACGACGACAGCGAUCAGCACAGAUUAGCGAUGAGUACUCUAGCAACGAUGACAAGUUCCCGGCGAGGCGAACGAGCUCCAGCGGCGUCACACGUCCCUAGAAGCAUCGUCCAAAUCCAGCAAGCAGUGGCGGAGUUUCGUUUCCGGCGAGCAUCAGACUCCGACGACUCAGCAUCGACUCAACUGCAGAACCAAAAUAUGACGAAGAAGAACCUUUGGGGGGGGGGGCUAGUGUACAAUUUAAGAUAUUAACUUUUGGCCUAGUGUAAAAGUAAGUUUCAUUUUACACUUUUACUUUUUUAUACCCGUAUUUUCUAUAAUACACUUCCUAAUAUACUUUUAUUCUUUUCCUUAUCUACAAUCAACUUGUAAAAAUACACUUUAUCAUUUGCUUUUUACCCUAUAUUGUGUUUUAGCAUUUGUUUUACCUUUUCCUUUGGAGUAUCAAAAAAUCAACCUUAAAUUGUACAUGGUGUAAAUUUUAGCAUAUAGUAGGGAGUAAUGUUUAUUUUUUUUCCUUGGAGUAUCAAAAAAUCAACCUUAAAUUGUACAUUGUGUAAAUUUUGAUUAGUGAUUAAUGCAAGAGUUAUAAAAUCAUUUUGAUCAAAAUGAAAAAAAAAUAGGGAGUAUUUUGCCGUCUCAGUAUUCCAAUUUUUUGCUUAAUAUGAGCUUGAGUACACUACUACUACUAUUAAAAGAAAAAAGAGUUUAUUUUAAAUAAAUUCAGAAGAUACCAAUAUGGGAUAUUUUUUUCUUCUUCGUAAAGGAUGAGCCUCAUCUUCAAACGCAUCUUCAGAUUGGUCACUAAGACGAAAUAAAUUAGAUUUUAAUCACGUUUUAGUGGUAAAGAGUGAAGACUAGUCCUGACACUUAUUUACAUUGUGUUCCAGAUUCGGAUCUCAUCUUAUUGGGACUCUUUGUCUUUGCAAAUUAAGCUCGCGGGCUUGUUGUUUGUAGAAGGCACUAGAGAAAUAGAGAGAACCUACGUACCUGCGAUCACACUCCCAGAAGUUUCCAGAUUUUGUAACUUUUUGGGCUUAUCACACCCACUCGUGGCACGUUCAUAUCCUCAAUCCUCAUCGUCUUCUCCUCUACAUCAUCGACUCAUAUAUUUUCCUGAAUUUGGCAAAUCAUCAGAGCUUGAAUCAAGAACAAUACAAGUUUCUUUUAACUCUACGCCCCUAAAAAACUUUAAUCAUACAGAAGGGAGAGCAACUUGAUCGUUUGUUCAUGGCAGCUAGAUUUACAGCAGCCGCGAAGCUGUAUAACCGCCACCGGAGUGUCUUGUUGAUGCUUCGGAGCGGACUUUGUCCGCCGGCGGGCUUCCGAUUUUCCUCCUCCGUUGGACGAACGGCCGAUCCCCAUGUUCACGCCGGCGAUGUUGAUGGAGAUGACGCAGCACAGGCGAAAAAGGCAGAAACAGCAAAGGGGGAACCGGAGAUCCACCCCGUCGGAACCGGUGAAUCGCCGUUUUCGUCGUCCAGUUCACCUCUCCGAUCAUCGCCGAAGAUAGGAAGCAGGGGCGCCGGCUAUCCGGUCGAUCCAAACCUGCAACAGAAACGCCGCGAUUCCGACUCCGCGACACCAGCGCCGCCGCCGUUAUCAGAGGUGAGCUGCGCGGGGCUCGACGGCGGUCCGUGGCCGGAGGAAACCACGGAUCGGCGUGCUCAGGAGGAAGACGACAGGGAGUACUUCAAGCACCACAAGGCGUCGCCGCUGUCGGAGGUGAAGGUGGCUGACACGAGGAAGCCUGUGGCACGAGCGACAGAUUCGUCGGGCGGGGGAGGGAGAUCGGGGGAGGUGUUGACGUGGCGGCCGGAGCAGCUGGAUACGGCGGAGGGAUCGCUGUUGAGAGCGAUGGAGAUAUGGAAGUACAAUGCGGGGAGGGGAGACCCGGACUCUCCUCACGGCAAGGUUCUUAGGGAGCUCAGAGGGGAAUAUUGGUGAAAGAUGAAACGAAUUCAUCUCAAGGUGAACUUCAAUUCUUCAAUUCUCGUUAUCACCAAUUCAUUCGCCUUUCAUAUCUUCCCAAUAGCUCUCUUUUUUUACUUUAAAUGAUGUGUGAACUUUCAUAAAACAAAAUAAAUUCUAAAAACGGCACUUUCAAUAAUACGGAGUAUAUAUUUUCUUAAAUCAGUCUUGAAAUUAACUAAUUUUUAAGAUAGUACUCACCAAUUAAAAAUAACGUUUUAUUUAGUCCCUUUGAUAAAUGAUUGCUAAAAUAAUAUUAAUACGAUGUUAAACUUUAUAUUAUUUUUCUAAAAUGGUACUUUCUAAUCAAGUAUUUCCUUAAAU